ACACACGCUCACACCCCUCUCCCGCCGCCAGCGGCCGGGGGGGGGGACUUUUGAAAGUCCUGGUUCCACACCCAGCCGCCGCUGACAUCAUUCCCGCAGGAGGGCGGGCGGAGGCACCGCCGCCGCCGCCAGACGGUCGCAGCCCCGGAGAGCUGCCCGCCGGCCCGCGCCCAUUUAUCUCAGCCUAAAGCCUUCCCAGAGCAAGGAUGCUGAUUCUCCUGGCCUUCAUUAUCGUGUUUCACAUAACCUCGGCAGCGCUGCUGUUCAUCUCAACUAUCGACAAUGCCUGGUGGGUGGGAGAUAACUUUUCUACAGAUGUCUGGAGAAUGUGUACCACAAAUACGAGCACCUGUAUGGCUAUCACUGAGGAGUUCAACGAGUAUCAAUCAAUUCAGGCUGUUCAGGCCGCCAUGAUUCUGUCUACGAUUUUCUGCUGUGUGGCAUUUCUGGUUUUCAUUCUUCAACUCUUCCGUCUGAAGCAAGGAGAAAGAUUUGUGUUAACCUCUAUCAUCCAGCUCCUGUCAUGUCUGUGUGUUAUGAUUGCAGCUUCCAUCUACACAGACAGGCACGAAGACCUGCACCAGAGCCAUGGAUAUAGGAUGGAAGUUUCCAAGGGCCAAUAUGGCUAUUCCUUUGUCUUAGCCUGGAUUGCAUUUGCCUUUACCCUGAUCAGUGGAGUGAUGUACUUAGUACUAAGGAAGCGUAAAUAAACGUCAGCACCUAGUUAUUUCUGUCACUGCAGUACAAAACCAAAUUCCAGUAACCAUUUUGUAUAUAAUCAUUUACAUGGUUUUGUAGUAAAAGUAUUGUUUCUCUAAAAA